AUGUCCAACCUGGCCCACACCUGGCACACCUGGCUCACCUGGCACACCUGGCACACCUGGCACACCUGGCACACCUGGCACACCUGGCACACCUGGCACACCUGGCACACCUGGCUCACCUGGCAACCUGGCACACCUGUCACCUGGCACACCUGGCACACUCACACUGGCACACCUGCCACACCUGCACACCUGGCACAUCACACUGGCACACCUGGCACACCUGGCACACCUGGCUCACCUGGCACACCUGGCACACCUGGCACACCUGGCACACCUGGCACACCUGGCUCACCUGGCACACCUGGCACACCUGGCACACCUGGCACACCUGGCACACCUGGCACACCUGGCACACCUGGCACACUGCCACCUGGCACACCUGGCACACCUGGCACACCUGGCACACCUGGCAUCACCUGGCACACCACCUGGCACACCUGGCACACCUGGCACACCUGGCACACCUGGCACACUGGCACACCUGGCUCACCUGGCACACCUGGCACACCUGGCACACCUGGCACACCUGGCACACCUGGCACACCUGGCCACUGGCCUGGCACACCUGGCACACCUGGCACACCUGGCACACCUGGCUCACCUGGCACACCUGGCACACCUGGCACACCUGGCACACUGCACACCUGGCACACUGGCACACCUGGCACACCUGGCACACCUGGCUCACCUGGCACACCUGGCACACCUGCACACCUGGCACACCUCCAGCCUCGUCGGUUCUUUAACCAUUGUUAUAAAUCUCGACUCGUCCAUAUUCGUUUUAUGAAAAAAUAA